UCACACUGGCACCCACACCAUUUUCGAUUCGAUACGUUUUGCUAUCGAAACGGAGUCAUAAAAAAGGAGAAUUAAGUGCAAAUAAAUUGCGAACUAAACUAUUAAUUUCUCAGGAACUAACAGCCUUAAUAGCGGCAAUGGAAGUGGACGAGGAAGAGUUCGAGGUGCCAUCGAGCAGCAGCAAGGGCGAAAAGAAGCGCUUCGAAGUGAAAAAGUGGAACGCCGUCGCUUUGUGGGCCUGGGACAUCGUGGUGGACAAUUGCGCCAUUUGCCGCAACCACAUCAUGGACCUGUGCAUCGAGUGCCAGGCGAACCAGGCGUCCGCCACCAGCGAGGAGUGCACCGUGGCCUGGGGCGUUUGCAACCACGCCUUCCACUUCCACUGCAUCUCCCGGUGGCUGAAGACCCGCCAGGUCUGCCCGCUGGACAAUCGCGAGUGGGACUUCCAGAAGUACGGCCACUAAGGACUCCGGGAUUUCUUCCCCAAGAGCACCCAGGCGGAGCAGCACUGAGGAUCCGCUUAACCGCACACCCCCACCCCUCAUUUGUUCUGUAAUUCCUGCUGCAAGGCAGUCACGAUCAUGUAAUACCCUAGUAGAUCUUAAGCGACUGGGGGAAUUCGAGUGAAUGAUUACGUUUAUAAGGGUUCGCCCUUAGACCCAGUCACCGAUUCCCCCCCCAACAAGCAAAUCUUUUUGUAACGCAAGAAAUAAACGCUGUAGAGGAUGGAGAAGACACGCUAAUGUA